AUGUCCCACGCGAUCGAGGUGGCGGGCGAAGCAAGCCCAUUGAGCUACCACAAUGUAGUCAACACAUUGGUGAUGGCUGCUAGCUCAAAUCAACAACAGGUCAAGACAGGCACAGCGCAGCUGCAGAAUUGGCAGAAACAGGCUUCAUACCAUUCUUUCCUUCAGGAUGCCUUCUGCGAUCACUCCAUUCCCACCGAAGCUCGAUACCUCGCUAUCAUUCAGCUAAAGAACGGAAUCGAUAAGUACUGGCGAAAGACGGCAACGAACGCCAUCGGCAAAGAUGAGAAACAGAAAAUAAAGUCUACUGCUAUGCAAGCAGGGAUUAUGGAACCGGCUCGUCAGCUUGCCCUCCAGAAUGCUUUGAUGAUAGCCAAAAUCCUCCGAUAUGAGUUCCCCCACGACUGGCCCGAUGCGAUUACCACCAUCAUCAACUUCCUCCGCUCUUCGACGCAAACUGGCGCCGACCCACUCCAACUCCCUCGUACCCUUCUCAUCCUCUUGCAGGUCAUCAAGGAAUUAUCUACCGCGCGGAUACAAAGAACUAGAGUUCAGCUUCAAUCAGUUUCACCGGAAUUGUUCCAUGUUCUAGGAAGCAUUUAUGUUGACAAGGUGAACACAUGGGUUUCUAUCCUAGAGCAAGGCAGUGGCGAUGAAACGUCAUUGCUGGAAGCGAUUGAACAAAGUCUGGUUUGCCUGAAGGUUCUCCGGCGUCUAGUUAUCGCUGGUUUUGAGCAUCCCGGUCGGGACCAAGAAGUCCAGAACUUUUGGACACUCACUUAUAAUCACUUUGUGAAGUUCCUCUCCUUUGUUAGCGAGCAGGGCAAGUUGCCCGAACCGGUCGAGAAGGCCAUUCAGAAACAUAUUCUCCAACUCUCCAAGCUCCAUGUGGAUAUGUCAAAGACCCAUGCUGCAUCGUUUGCGCACUUUGCCCACAGCAUCGACCUUGUCAAGACUUAUUGGAGCUUGCUCCAGAAGCUUAGUGAGGUAUAUGUCAGCCUCGGAGCUGAUUCCGAAGCUGAAGGACAAUCAUUGCCUGAGAAGACAGGCCUGAGGGCAUUACUGUUGAUUCGUGCAUGCGCACAGAUGGCUUUCAACCCCGUCCAUACAUUCAAAUACCAGACUGCAGAAGACAAAGAGGAGAGAAAGCUGGCUGUUGAACGCAUCAAGACAGAACUUUUUACGGAUAAAUUUGUCCUGGAUACUAUGGAGUUGCUUGUGACACAGUUCUUCAGGUUCCGCAGCAUCGACUUCGAGGAGUGGGAAGCCGAGCCCGAACAAUGGGAGAAGCGUGAAGAGACUAGCAGUGCGGCUUGGGAGUUCUCCAUCCGUUCGUGCUCAGAAAAGCUGUUCCUUGAUCUCAUAAUUCACUUCAAGGCUCUGUUGAUUGACCGUCUAUUGGAUGUAUUCCACUCGUUUGCGCGUGUCGAUAACCAGAAUGUGAUCUUGAAAGAUUCCCUGUACUCUGCGAUCGGCUUAUCUGCAGCAAGCCUCGAUCAGCAUUUAGAUUUCAACGCUUUCUUGGAGGGAACUGUCGUCCCAGAAGUUCAAAUCCAAGAUCAGGAGUAUAGGCUUUUGAGGAGACGAAUUCCCAUGAUUCUUGGGCAAUGGGUGCCGAUACAAUACGAGAAAAUCAACAUCGAUGCUGUUUACCAGAUUUUCCAGCAUCUGCUGAACAAGGAGGACCCGUUGAAUGAUUUGGUUGUUCGGAUAACCGCAGGUCGGCAUCUAAGCCAUGUCCUGGAGCCUUACGAGUUUACUGCCGCUGGCUUCGUCCCUUAUGCACCUUCUAUUCUAGGAAGCCUUAUGGCUCUUGUCCAGGAUGCCGAGGUUUCUGAAACAAAAAUGGGCUUAUUGGAGACCGUUCGCGUCGUUGUUGUCAAGAUGGAGCAUCACAUCGCCCCUUUCUCAGACGCAAUCCUAUCCCUUCUCCCACCUCUCUGGGAACAGUCUGGAGAUGAACAUUUGAUGAAGCAGGCAAUUCUCACCCUCCUGUCAUCAUUGAUUCAUGCGCUAAAGCAGGAGUCUGCACGCUACCACUCGCUGAUUCUCCCACUGAUCCAAGGCUCUGUCAACCCUGAUUCUGAAACUUUCAUGUAUCUACUGGACGAAGCAUUGGAGCUUUGGGCUGCUAUCAUGAUGCAGACCCCGACGCCCGCGUCCACAGAAAUCCUCUCUCUGAUGCCUGCUAUUUUCCCUAUAGUGGAGCAGGGAACUGAUAGCUCAGCGCAGGCUUUGAGCAUCGUCGAAUCAUACAUUCUGCUCGCACCACAAGAAGCUCUUCGUGAAGGUGUCCGAGACUCGCUAUUGCACACUCUCAAGGAAGCCCUGGAGUAUACGACUAGAAUUCGUACUGGUGUGGUCCCUCGUCUCGUUGACCUGAUGAUUCGGGGCGCUGAAAACGUCGACGCUGGAAACAAGUCUACGUACAGUGUCAUUGCCCAAUCACUUCUGAGCACCUCGUUCCUUCCAUCCAUCCUUGAAGGCCUCUACUCUGCAUACGAAGCCAGCCAAACCUCUGGCCCUAACCGGAAGGUUUCUAACGUGGUUGGUGUCAUUGAAACAGAUUAUCUUUCCGUUCUUGCACGACUUGCUCUCGGAGAACCAACCAUUUUCGCAUCAGCUGUUGCAGUCGCAACUCAAACCUCUGAAGAACAGGCCUUGCAAUGGAUCCUCACUGAAUGGUUCUCCCACUAUGAUAACAUUGGGAGCACCAAUCAGAAGAAACUCCAUGCCCUCGCUCUCACUCAGCUCCUUACACUCCCAGGUCCCCCUUCAUUCAUUUUGAGCCACCUGCAAUCCUACCUCACCAUGUGGACCGACAUCAUUGUUGAGCUUGCGGAUGGUAGCUCUGACCCUAAUGCCGAUUAUCUCGUCUACUGGGACGCACCCAAGGGCUCUGAGACGGCCAAUCCGGAGAAUUCCGAGGAGGUUGAAAGCCCUGAGAACCGUCGACGUAGUGAGUGGGAGGCCACAGACGUGAUCCACCGUCUUCCGAUCCGUGAUUUUGUGCGUCAACGCCUGGAACAAGUGAUUGUGGCCUGUGGUGGUGUACAGCGCUUCCAAGAGGAAUGGUUGGUGAAUGUUGAUCCUGAAGUCGUCUCGGCUUUUGGAGCCUUGGGAUUGAUAUAA